GCAGGGACUGGCGGGCGGAGGCGGUAGAGCUCUGUGCGCUCGGUCCCGGCCGCCAACCCCGACCCCCGACCCCUGGCUGCGGCUCUUGCCUCGGACCCCAGCGCCGUCGCCGCCAUGAAGGGACUCACGUUGCUUUACUCCUGCCUGUUCUUGGCCUUCUGGAGUACCCUGCUUUCUUCCUUCUUCCUAGGAGUCUGCUAUGUAAUAUUCGGCUUGGCCUUCCGCUUCGAUGUGGGAAGCUUCCUCACAGAGACAUCACCUUAUAUGUGGUGCAACCUAGGGAUAGGACUGUCCAUCUCCCUUUCUGUGGUUGGAGCAGCCUGGGGCAUCUUCAUUACAGGCUCUUCCAUCCUUGGUGGAGGGGUCAAGGCCCCCAGGAUCAAAACCAAGAACUUGGUAAGCAUCAUCUUCUGCGAGGCUGUGGCAAUCUAUGGUAUCAUCAUGGCCAUUGUCAUCAGCAACAUGGCGGAGCCCUUCUCUGGCAUCACCCCCAAAGCCAUUGGAAGCCGUAACUACCAUGCAGGCUUUUCCAUGUUUGGUGCCGGCCUCACGGUGGGCCUGUCCAAUCUCUUCUGUGGUGUGUGUGUGGGCAUUGUGGGGAGUGGAGCUGCCCUGGCCGAUGCCCAGAAUGCCAGCCUCUUCGUCAAGAUCCUCAUUGUGGAGAUCUUUGGCAGUGCCAUUGGCCUCUUUGGGGUCAUCGUGGCCAUCCUUCAGACUUCUAGGGUAAAAAUGGGAGACUAGACCUGCAGCAGCGGGAGGGCCCUGCCCUGCUGUGCCCUACUCUUAAUUUAUUGGUUUUCCUGGGGGGCCUGGAUGCCCCAGCCAGGGGAGCCGCCCCCCGAUGGUGUCCGUACUGUGUCCCUCUGGCCCUCACUGCAAUCUGCCCCUUCUGGAGUCCCUCAGAGGGGGCAGGCCCUGGCCUGUGGGCUGGGAAGGCAUGUCUUCUCCUCACCUGCCCUGCCCUCUACCCCACCCCUUACCUCACCAGUGUUUGAAAUAAAGGUCUUUGUCCUGGGUCACCCCA